UUUUAAUUUUUUUAAUAUUUUUUGUGAUUAUCUUCUCCCAACCUGAUUAAAAAGAAAGAAAUAUCUUGUGCUCUGUCAUUUGUUGUUUUCUUUCUUCUCUCUGAUGACAGUUCCUGGAGAGCACACAUGUCUGUGUCAUUGAUUCAUUAUCAGCAGGAGAGAUGGGUGAGAAGAAGCAAAAGAAGUUCCUCACUGUCGCCCCUUUUGAGUGUGCUUGGCGUAAGGAACUGAGGUUCAAGGAGGCUGGGCGUGGGUGCGUGGCCUUCGAAGCCUCAGCUCACAAUGAUGUCACAGUUGUGUUUAGGGAGCAAGUUGGUAGCCAGCACUACCAUUACAAAAUGGAUAACAGCCCGAAUUACACCGUUGUUUUAGGGAGCCAUAGGAACCGACGGUUGAAGAUUGAGGUGAAUGGGAAGACUGUCGUUGAUGCUGCGGGUGUAGGACUCUGUUGUUCCUCAGAAUUCCAGAGUUAUUGGAUCAGCAUCUAUGAUGGGUUGAUUUGUAUCGGCACGGGACGUUACCCUUUCCAAAAUCCCGUCUUUGAGUGGCUAGAUUCAAAACCCAAUCGGAAUGUCCAGUAUGUUGGGCUCAGCAGCUGGGACAAGCAUGUUGGGUACAGGAAUGUCAAUGUCUUGCCUCUAACACCGCAUCACAACUGCCUGUGGAAGCAUUUUGAUCACAUUGAAUACGAAGGGGUGGAGGAGGAUUGGGAAGAUGUGAAUGGUGGAUGUGAAAUAUCAGGACUUGGUAAUUUCCUCGAGAGCUGGGAUGUAUCUGAUAUGUUCUUUCUUGUGGGUGUGGAGGAAAAGACUGUCCCUGCCCACAUGGUGAUCUUGGGAACGGCUGGUAACUUCCAUUUUAGUCCAUCUGGCGAGAAUGUCAUCCGGCUUCCUUUGGUAACCUAUCCAGUUCUCCAUGCUUUCCUUCAAUAUAUCUACACUGGUCAGACCCAAAUUGUGGAGUCACAACUUGGUUCUUUGCGGGAUUUGAGCUUGCAAUUUCAAGUUUUGCCGUUGGUUAGGCAGUGCGAAGAAAUAAUUGAUCGUUUUAAAACGAACAAGAAGUUAUUCGAUUCUGGUAAGAAAGUGGAAUUGGCAUAUUCGACCUCUAGAGCACAUCGUUGCACUGUCUUUCCUUGUGAGCUUCCCAUCGACGCGCAAAAGCUCAAGCAGUUGCUUUUGACUGGCAAGCAUAGUGAUGUGAACAUUUAUAUUCAUGGACAUGGUCUUGUUGCCCGUGCACAUAAACUCAUCCUUAGUUUAUGGAGUUCUCCAUUUAUGAAGAUGUUUACAAAUGGAAUGAGCGAAAGCAAUUCUUCAGAGGUCUACUUGAGGGAUGUUUCUGUAGAUGCCUUUUCAGCUAUGCUUCAAUUUAUGUACAAUGGAGAACUUGAAAUGAAGGAUAGAGAUGACAUGGGUGACUUGCUACUCCAACUUCUUCUGCUGGCCGAUCAAUUUGGAGUUACAUACCUUCAACAAGAAUGCUGCAAUAGCCUUUUGGAAUGUCUUUCAGAGGAUUCGAUAUGCCCUGUUCUGCAAAUCGUUUCAUCGAUUCCAUCGUGUAAACUGCUUGCAGAAAUGUGUGAAAGGAACUUCUCAAGGCACUUCAAUUAUUGUACCACUGCAAGCACUGACUUUGUGUGGUUAGAUGAGGCGACUUUUAUGAACAUUCUUCAGCAUCCCGACUUGACUGUAACAUCAGAAGAAAGAGUUCUGGAUGCCAUCUUACUGUGGUGCAUGCAAGCUGGUGAGAUACUUGGGUGGGAAGCAGUGGAAAAACUCUUGAAGUCUUCAACACCCGAGCUCCUUUUCGGAGAGAGGCUUGGGUCGAUGGAAACUCUGCUACCAUUUGUGCGUUUCCCCUUGAUGCUAUCAGCCUCGCUUAAGAAGCUGGAGAAGAGCAGCCUUAGCAGCCAAAUUCCUUUAUUUCAACAGCUUGUGACCGAAGCCAUUAAAUAUUCAGAAUCAGAAAUGACAAGGCCAGUUGAUAAUCAGAAUGUAAGAUUUCAGCAUAGACAGUCAAGUUUUAAGGAGCUCCAAUACAUACGCGAUGGGGAUAACAAUGGAGUAAUAUAUUUUGCUGGGACAUCUUAUGGGGAACAUCAGUGGGUAAAUCCGAUUCUAGCUAAGAAAAUUACAGUGACUGCAAGCAGCCCCGCUUCCAGAUACACUGAUCCCAAGGCAUUAGUCUCAAGGACAUAUCAGGCUACCUCUUUCGCGGGACCAAGGAUCGAGAAUGGCCGGAACUGCGCUUGGUGGAUGGUUGAUAUUGGACAAGAUCAUCAGCUUAUGUGCAACCACUACACCUGGAGACAGGACGGGUCGGCCUCAUACAUGAGAUGGUGGGCGAUUCAGGGUUCUCUUAAUGGGGAGAAUUGGGUUAACCUGAGAGUCCAUGACAAUGACCAAACGACAUGCAAGCCUGGGCAGUUUGCAUCAUGGCCCAUCCACGGUCCGACCGCUCUGCUUCCCUUCAGAUUCUUUAGAGUCAUCUUGACAGGUCCCACCACCAGCGAUUCGAACCCAUGGAACCUUUGCAUCUGCUUCUUGGAACUCUAUGGCUAUUUCCACUGAUGCACUAAAAAGAACGCUUGCCUGAUACUUCAGAUGACGGCCGCCUUGCAUGGGAUUUUCUAUCUUUGUAAAAUGACUCUUAUUUCUAAGAAAAAGGAAGCCAUGGUGUUUUUCAUGUUUUAUGUUCUUCAAGGAAGGAAAAUGUUUGUUGUGUCCAAA